UUUACAGAUUUCAUAUAAAAGCUUGGUGCAACAAAAAGGAAAUGCAUUCAUAGAAGAGAGGAGGAUUGCUUGCCACCUCAAGGUGAUAGUGGGAGCCAGUGUGCAGCAGUCCAGGCCCAGGACAGGGACCGACCGAGUGGAUGCCCCAGGCUGUGCGGUAGGGGCGACAGUCUCGACCAUGACUCGGCUGAUGCUGGGCCGGACACUGGAGCGCAUCUGCAAGGCUGUCCUGCUGCUCUGCCUGGUGCACUUCGUCAUCAUGAUGAUCCUCUACUUCGACGUCUACAGCCAGCGCUUCGACCAGAUCUUCAGCCGCUUCAACAACGGCCGCAACGCCAGCCGCAGCGGACACCACUACUACUACAACCUCAGCCGGCCCAACGCCACCUACACCAGCUACCUGGCCACCGCAGACCAGCUGCUGCCCACCGUACGACCCGAGGGAAACCACACGCCGCCCACUACCAAGCCCAUACCACCUUGCCCGGAGAUACCCCCUGGUCUAGUGGGCCGCCUCCUCAUCGAGUUUGCCUCCCAGAUGACGAUGGAACGAGUGCAGAAGGAGAACCCCAACGUGACGGAGGGGGGCAAGUACACCCCACCGGACUGCCGCGCCAAACAGAAGGUGGCUAUCAUUAUCCCGUUCAGACACAGAGACAACCACCUCAAGUACUGGCUGCACUACCUGCACCCCAUCCUACGACGACAGAAGAUCGACUACGGCAUCUAUAUCAUAACCCAGCUUGGUGAGGAAACCUUCAACAGAGCCAAGCUCCUGAACGUGGGCUACACCGAGGCCCUGAAGGAUGCAGAGUAUGACUGCUUCAUCUUCAGCGACGUGGACCUCAUCCCUAUGGACGACCGUAACCUCUACCACUGUUACGACCAGCCACGACACUUUGCCAUCGCUAUGGACAAGUUUGGCUUUAGGCUUCCUUACGCUGGGUACUUUGGCGGGGUUUCUGGGCUGAGCAAAAAACAGUUUCUCAAGAUCAAUGGCUUCCCCAAUGAGUACUGGGGCUGGGGAGGAGAGGAUGACGAUAUCUAUAACAGGAUCACCCUCAACGGGAUGAAGGUGGUUAGACCGGAUGUCCGGAUUGGCCGCUACAGGAUGAUCAAACACGAAAGAGACAAGCACAAUGAACCCAACCCACAAAGAUUCAAUAAGAUCCAGAACACCAAGAACACUAUGAAGAGAGACGGGAUCAGCACGUUAACGUACCGCGUGCUCCAGUUUAAGAAGUACCCUCUCUACACCAACAUCUCUGUGGAGAUCGGCAAGCCCCCGCCCCGGCCUUUCAGGGGAUAGACAGAUAGAGAGACCCGGCCUGGACAUGGAGAGGGAGGGAGAUGGGGCAGAGAACGAUAAUGCACAGUAGAGAGCCUCCAUCUCUGCCUCCACCUCCCUCAGCCCGACGCAGACCCAGAUACCCCCCCACUGACCUGGGCUAGGAGCCCGCCAAGACCCCUCACAGCCCACUCUGAGUGGAGAUGCACACCUGUUGCAGUCCAACACUGCUCACAGCUCAAUAGUUACAGCAGGCCUCCAACCUGGGAUGCUGAUUAGCUGACUCUGGGGGGACUAACUCUCAGGAAUAGAUGAA